AUGCAAAUAGUGCUGAGCAUGGAAUUCAAGUCUGUAGAAGAGAAAAAUCACGUAUGCAACUUCUGCGGGAAACGCUUCAGCUCCGGCAAGGCUUUGGGAGGGCACAAGAGAUUUCACAUCCAGCAGGAACGCCUGGCCGCAGCUGCAGUCGCCUCCGCCUCCGCCGGCAACAAAACUCAAGAGAGUGGUAACAAUAAUAACAUUCGAAGCAGGAUUAAAGGUGAAAAUAGUAUGUUAUGUUGUAUCUGCCACAAGUAUUUCCCCUCAAUGAAAUCGUUAUCUGGUCACAUGAGAACUCAUCGUGAUAGGAAUUGGAAAGGGAUUCAGCCUCCUGUUUCGGAGACACUAGUCUCAGAUAGAUUGGCCAAUGGUUCGCCCAGUACAGAUUCCAUCACUACCGUUGAUUUAUUACAAAGUUUGUCAUCAAGUUGGUCCGAGACCGGUAGGAGAGGCCGGAAAGGUGACCCUACUUUAGCUGCGGCCGUUGAUCUCAUCAAUCUUUCUCGCUCACAAGAUAGGGUUUUGAGAAAACAACCUGAUCAGGUAAAAGCAGAUUCUUCUCCUACUUCUGUGUCUGGUGAUGGUACUGAUUAUAAUUCCGAUCCAAAAAAAUAUGCUAGGGUUAAUGAUUUGAAAAGGAAGAAUAUGAUGAUGAAAAACAGUGUGAGUGUUAGUAGUAGUAGUAAUAGUACCGAAACGGAUGAUGGUAAUAAAGAUGAGAAAAGCGUUUCUAAUAAUAAGAAGCUGAAGAUUAGAUUUAGCACUACUAAUACUACUGCUACUGCUGCUACUUACAAAUGUAGUAGCUGUGAUAAAUCUUUUUCGACAUUCCAGGCCUUGGGAGGACAUAGAUCAACUCAUAACAAAGACAACAAGAAGCAUAGUAGUGCUACUACAAUUGAUACUAAGAAAAAAGAUGAUAAUGAUGAUGUUGAAGUUGCGAAAACUAUGAAAAGGACCAAGUUUUAUGGUAUAGGUGUUGAAGUAGCUAAAUCAAGUAUGUGUAAUGGUGGUGGUGAGCUUCAGAUCAUGGCCUCAUCAUCAUCGUCUCAAGUGGAUCAUGAUCAUCUUGUUGGUAGAAAUGGUAACACUACUAAGAUUACUGGGCGCCGUCCUUUAAUGCUUGAUAUUGAUCUCAACCAGAUGCCUUGUGCUGUUAUGGCCGACGACGUAACUGAUGCCUAA